AUGAUAACAGAAAGAUUUGUUGCUCCAAAGAACCUAUACCCGCGCACCAGUCGAUCAAAGGAGAGGUURAUCUUCAUUCUUUGCCUUCUMGUUUGCGUCUUCUUUUUGUACAACAAUAGACAAGCACAUGAAGUGAUUGUGAGGCACGAGCGAUCCCUGUCCAAGUUGAAAACUGCUUUGAUUGAGAAAUUUGAUGAGGRGCAGCGYAUUGACAGUCUUGUCAGGCUUGGUACGAAUCUUACAAGCAAGAUCCAAUGUUCUCCUCGAACUAACAUUGCCUUCCUGAAAACCCAUCGAACAGGCAGUUCCACUGUAACAAACAUUCUCAACCGAUAUGGUGACAAACACAACUUAACGUUUAUUCUUCCAAAGAMAGGCCGCUACCGCCUUGGUUGGCCAUACUUGUUUAGUUCCCACUCUUAYGCGCCCCUGCAYGGCAAAMYACCAAACAUACUAUGCAACCACGCCCGGUACAACCGCCAGGAACUGGAUCUAAUAAUGCCCARCAAYACUAUUCACGUUACKAUCAUUCGUGAUCCCGCUGACCAGUUUGACUCAGUUUUCGAACAUUUUGAACUGGGCACGAUUUUGGGAAUAAAUUCGUCAUAUCCUUUAGGCGAGUUUAUUGAAAAACCUUGGUUUUAUUUGGAACGGGCUCUAAGUGUUGAAAUGAUAUCGGCUUUGGAUUUUCAAAGGUURCAGCUUACUCGAAAUGGUAUGUUAUUUGACUURGGGUUGGCGCCUGAAGAAGAUGAUAGCGAAGCUAAGAUGCGAGCACAUAUUAAACGGAUUGAUAAGGAAUUUGAUCUCGUUAUGUUGAAUGAAUACUUUAAUGAAUCAAUGGUKCUUCUUAAGAACCUAAUGUGCUGGACGCUCGACGAAGUGGUUUAUAUUGCGCUAAAUAAAAGACUUAUGAACAAGAAAACUAAUAUUGACAAAUACAAACAGAAAAUCAGGGAAUGGAACAGUGGUGAUACCUUGCUUUAUAAAUAUUUUAAUSAAACAUUUUGGGAAAAMGUUCGUCAGUAUGGGAGCCAGUUCUAUGAUGAUGUAAAUAAGUUCAGACAAAAGCUGGACUACUKGAAGGACGUUUGUGCGCAUGACGACGCCUCCUCUACUCACGUGACUUCAUUAUGUGAUAAAAUGCUUACUAAUGAGACUAGUUAUGUAGAGUAUUUACAAARAAAGCAAAAUAUUGAUUUAUAGGAUAGUAUGUAAUGAUCUCUGCAAARAGAGAUAACUUAAGAAAAGGAUGAGGUGUUUUGGACCAGAAUACUGUGCGUUAUUCUGAUGAUUUUUGUUUCUAUCAUUGAGAAUGAGAAUAGUAUUUAUGAUAUAUGAUGACCUGCGUAGCCAGGCGUUCCUAGCCGCUCCGAGAGAGUUUGGGCAAGAGCGGCUACGCAGGCUAGAUAUAUGACGUCACCUUAAACAGAGUGUCGACCACGUGACUCGAUGGUGCUGGCCGCGAAGGUGUACACUCCAGUGCAUAGAGCGCGCCCCUUCAGAACAUUUUGUUGUUAAGUGAAAAAAUAACAAUAUCCAAGUCAGUGACACUAACCGACGGUACGGUUUCAACCAGACCAACAUUUAA